GGCGGGGCUGCCUGCGAGCGGCGGCGCAGCACACACAGCCCAGUUCCCUUCCGGGGCGGAGCUGCGCGUGCCUCGACCCGCCGCCGGCGCCUGCAGCGGGAGCGCGGCCUCCUCAAGAUGGAGGGCUGGCGAGGAGCUUGGUAUGUGCCAUGUCUAGCUUCACUUGAGACCCUCCAAGAAUUAUGUAGGAAGGAAAAUCUCAGAUGUAAAUCCAUUGGAAUCACCAACAGGAGUCUAAAGAGUUAUGAGGUGGAAUAUUUGUGUGACUACAAGGUAGAAGAGGGCACAGAAUACUAUCUUGUGAAAUGGAAAGGGUGGCCGGAAUCUUCAAAUACUUGGGAACCCCAGAAAAAUCUGAAAUGCCCAGUGCUUCUUCAAAACUUUCUUAGUGACAAAAAUGAGUACUUGUCUCGGGUGAGAGAAGGCAAAGGACUGAAAGUGAGAAACCAUGGUAAAGUUUUGAAACCUGCAGUUGCAGAGUACAUUGUAAAGAAGGCUAAGCAAAGAAUAGCUCUGCAGAGAUGGAAAGAAGAUCUCAACAGGAAGAAGAAUCAUAAAGCAAUGAUUCUGGUAGAAAACACUGUGGAUCUUGAAGGCCCCCCUUUAGACUUCUACUACAUUAACGAGUAUAAACCUGCUCCAGGAAUAAAUGUAAUAAAUGGAAUAACAACUGGCUGUGAAUGCAUGGACUGCCCUGCUGAGAAGUGCUGUCCAAAGGAGGCUGGAUUUAUUUUGGCUUACAAUAAACAUAAGAAGUUGAAAAUCCAGCCUGGCUUGCCCAUCUAUGAAUGCAAUUCGUUUUGUAGGUGUGGGCCUGAUUGCCCUAAUAGGAUAGUACAGAAAGGUACACCAUAUUCUCUUUGCAUCUUCAGAACUAACAAUGGCCGUGGUUGGGGAGUAAAAACACUCCAGAAAAUUAAAACCAACAGUUUUGUGAUGGAGUAUGUCGGAGAGGUGAUUACAAGUGAGGAAGCAGAGAGACGAGGCCAGCUGUAUGAUAACCAGGGAAAUACAUACUUGUUUGAUUUGGACUAUGACUCAGAUGAAUUUACAGUAGAUGCAGCUCGAUAUGGAAAUGUGUCCCACUUUGUGAAUCACAGUUGUGAUCCAAAUCUUCAAGUCUUCAAUGUGUUUAUUGAUAACCUCGACUUGCGUCUUCCUCGAAUAGCGCUGUUUUCUACACGAACCAUCAAGGCUGGAGAAGAGCUAACCUUUGACUAUCAGAUGAAAGGUUCAAUAGAUCUGACUUCAGACUCUGCUGAUGGUCUUAGCCCAUCCAGAAAGAGGAUCAGAACUGUGUGUAAAUGCGGAGCUGUGUGUUGCAGAGGUUACCUCAACUGAGUUUGGGUAUCCAAAGUCACAAAUAAUACUUCGUUCCCUUUUUAAAUGUGUUUUAAUAUGACUCUUCUUUCAUAAAUAUAUUCAAGUAUUCUUACAUCUAAUGUAAAUAAGUAUAGUGAAAACACAAGGCAUUACAUUUGUAAUUGAAAUGGCCUUGGCCAAAGAAAGAGAUGUAGUGUUUCAGGCGAAUACAAAACCGACAAUGGGGAUUAAAAAUGCUUUUUUCUAGAACCAUUAUUUAGGAAGCAGUAAAAUGUAUGCUAAGAAAACUUUUAAAUGUACCAUGAUUUGAAUGUUCAAGAGUGAGCUUACAGCCAUAGGCCUUUUAGGAGCUAAUUUCAGUGGGAUGAAGUAAUGUUAUGUGUUUUCUGGACCUUAUAAAGUAUCGAGACGUUUGAUUUGAAAUCUGAAUCACAGCUGAUGGUUCAUUUUCUUUUUUCUUUUUUUUUUUCCCUGUAUAAAGAAAAGCUUCAAGAGAUUAGCAAUAACAUUUAUGGCACUGGGGUGAAGGAUUAAGGACAGUCAUCAGAGCAAAUUGUAAAAUAUCAGUUGAACUCUGUGCAAGUAAUUGGUGUUGGCACAUUUCAGGUGCAAGGUCAAGGUCUUCAACUUCUUUAGCUGAUGUUAUGUUACUUGGGAGUUUUACAUAUAGAAGUUUUUUCACUUGUUACGUUCUGAUGUUUAGUUAGGAUGCUGUAGGAAGUCUGCAGUUCUACAGAGAAUUUGUAAAUAGUGGAUUAUUGGUAGUAACACACACUGUUUUCAUUGCAGAAAUUUGGAAGGCAUUGCUGAAACAAAUUACUGGCUAUAGUUUGGAAAUGGAUAACAAAAGAAUAGGGAGAGCAGCCUGUUGUCUAACAAAGCUGAUGCAUUACAGUGAUAUGCUCAGUUAUCUGUUAGGUGCAAAAAUACCCUGGGAAUUGAUUUCUAUUCACAGUUGGUUUUGAUUAAGUUUUUACAUACUGUGACUUUUUUUUAAUCCCAUGACAGACUUUUCAGAUACUAGGACUGUUUUUUCUUGUUGCAAAAAUGUUAAACUUCAGUAAAGUUAGACUAGGGGUGUGUUUACUCAUUUGCUGUAGACAUUUGUAAGAUUUUAUUGAAUGUAAAGGCUGAGAAAUGUAUUGUUCUUCAGCUGCUUGUCCUUCCCCCUGCCCCCCCCCCCCCCCGAUCAUCUUAAAAGUUGUCUUGAUAUAUUUGUGAUGCACGCUAAGUUUUGCUUGGCUUCAACAACACUGAAGAGCAGUUGAGUUAGAUUGAGUGGGGUUACAGCCAAGAUCCAUGCUCCAGGGAUGAUCCAAGUGCUUUAUUCUCAUGGAUUAAAAAGCUUGUAAAAUUUGCAAAUUGCUUACAAAUCAUGUAAAUGUUGAUAGGGUCAGGCAGAAUAAUGUUGCUUAGUAAAUGGACGCUCCAUAAAUGGAUGCUAGCUAUGUAUCAUAGGUCAGCUAGUUGCCUUUAUAAGGUGCAGAGCUGUUGGCUCAGGUGAAUGAAGUCAAGUAUCCAGCAUAUAAUAGUUUACUUAAUUUGUUAGAAAAUGCCUUAAACUUCAUGUUAAUUACUAGCACUCCAAAGAGAGUGUUUCAAAGGAUAAUACAGGUUGGUUGUUCAUUAAGCAGUACAGUUGCAUUUGCACUGAAGCUACCGGCUCUUUGGCAGAAAGUGAAAUUUAAUAUGCUACUAGCCAAAAUCAGUUUCCCAGUUGGGGUGAAGAGUAUGGGCCAUUGGAAGUGCUGUGUAAGUUUUGUAAUUACAAUAUGAAGAGAUACACGUUGAAAUAGAUAACUUUAUAUUGUUUAAUGAAUAGGAGAAAGUUUGCUUAGAUUUAAAAGUAUUUGACAUUACCAGGCUCACCUGUACCUGCACACUUGGAUAGAUGCUGAAUCUGGUCAUUUUUUAUCAUGUUAAAUCGCUAUAAUUUAUUUUUUUUUUAAUAUAAUGUUUAAGUGGAAUGUGGAGCUUUAAUGUUUGGAAACUCUAGAUGAUCUUUGUAUCAUUUGGAGUUCAUCAGCAUUUUCUCUUGCAUGUAGCCCGAUGCAGCAGUGCAUUCCACAUGGAUGGGAUCUGCAGUCUCCAGCUCCUUAAUGUGCUGCAGUCUGCAGCUUUCCCUGUCGCUACAGGAUGGCAAGAGUGGCUUGCAGCAAGAAACGGAUUCUGUACCAAAUCGGUUUCUCUGGCCUCCCUGUGGCAGGUGACACAGGGCCAGUUUGACACCCUUAUUCUUCACCUAUGCUCACACCCAAUUUGAUUUAAAUACUGCAGUAAAUGCCUUUUAAAACUUAAAAAGUAUUAGUAGUUGUACUUGAGUUCAGUGUCUGCCUCUUUCCCAAGGCAGUAUAUGUUACCACCAGCACUGGAACCACACUGCUGUUCUUUAAGGAUAUGUGUGUUACCUCUUGUAUGAUAAAUAAAGGACUGUUAAUUUAUGUUCUGGGAGGUAACAGUAUUUUGUAUUUAUUUGAAGUAAACCCAUGUAUGCAGUUUCCAGUUUAGAGUCUUGAACAGUAUUUUAUAUUUCCAUAUUCACAGUGCAUUUGGAUUGCUUAAUGGGACGCUGUGUCACUUUUGAAACUCCUUUUGCUGGUUUUAUGAGUUUGGGGGAAAAUUUCCAAAUUGGAAAAGGAGAAAAAGCUAUUUUCAAUUUUUAAGGAGCCUAAACCAGCCUAGCUUCUGCCUUUGCUUUGGUUUAUGGUUUGUCAGCAGCAUCAUGGCCACCAGGUUCAGUUGUGAGUAUGUACUUCUUAGAGACUGAUUACCUGUGAUCUGUCCUCUAGCUGUUCUUUUUUGUUGGGUUUAAAUGUUUGGGUUUUUUUGGUAGUAAAACUAAAACUGCAAGAUUACCCAUAAGAAAAACUAUUAUCUAUUUAUUUCAAUCUCAAAUUCAAGUCAAUCUUUUGGUUAUUUCUAAUGUAUGUUUUAGGACCGUGUACAUUAGAAUAUGCAGUUUGUAAGCUCAGGAACAUUUUCUUUUCAUAAUGUGUGAUCUCUAGUAUUGCUAUCUUCCUAUAGUUUUUGAUAAAAUAAAUUAAAUUUAGUUUUU